AUGGUUUCAACACGCGCAAGAUCCCUUGGGAACCAACCCGAAUCCUCUACCACCUCCGACGACCACAAUGCCCGAUUGCAACAGUUAAACGAUCAAAUCCGUGAACGAGAGCAACAGUUAGCUAUUCUGCACGCGCAACAACGCCUCAACGAGUUGGAAGCACAGAUUCGCGAAGAUACUUUUAUCGAGUCCCGACCAACCCAGGAUAUCGCCGCAGAACUACCGCAAAAUCGACCCGCAGACAAUAUGGAUGAUGAUAACGAAACACCGCCGAGAUUGGAGAUUAAGGAUUACUAUCGAGGAAAGAAUAUGUUAGAAUUUAAGGACUAUAAAGAUCGCAUGUUGACUCUCUUUGCACGCCACCGUCUAUAUUAUCGAAAAGAAGAACGCAAGAUAAACGACGCCAAACUCUACCUUGAUGCCCACGUUAAGCAGAAGUGGUUGAAUUUUGUAUCAGCAUAUGAGAGACGCGGAGGAGCAACACCGUUAACAUUCGACGAUAUGCUAUCACACCUAGAGAUGCAAAUUAACGACCCGCAGAAUCAGCUAAGGCAUUGA